GAGGGCGGGUGGAGGAGGAAGCGGCCGAGCCCAGAGUCCUGCUCCGGCGUCGCCGAGCACCGCCCGCCUCAGCCGACCAGCCCCGUCGGCUACUGGGCCUCGCCGAGACGAGAGGAAGGAAAGGCCGCUGCGCCCGCGAGGAGGCGGCGGGGGCGCGGGCGGAGGCGGCGCGGGCGGCCGCGGCUGCCGCUUUGUUGUGCGGCCCGGGCCGAGGAAGGAGAAGUGGGAGGAGGGGGGAGCUCGGCGUCCCGCUCCCUCCGCGGCUCAUGGCGACGACGCUCGGCACAUCCGGGACCCUCCGGCCGUGGCGGCCGCGGCGCCGGCUGCUCGGGCCCCAGCCCCGGCCGCUGUGGUGACUCCGCCGCGCCUCGCCGUCGCCCCCGUCCCCGUCCCGCCCGCCGCCCCCGCCGCCGGGGACAUGUCUAACCCCGGAGGCCGGAGGAACGGGCCCGUCAAGCUGCGCCUGACAGUACUCUGUGCAAAAAACCUGGUGAAAAAGGAUUUUUUCCGACUUCCUGAUCCAUUUGCUAAGGUGGUGGUUGAUGGAUCUGGGCAAUGCCAUUCUACAGAUACUGUGAAGAAUACACUUGAUCCAAAGUGGAAUCAGCAUUAUGACCUGUAUAUUGGAAAGUCUGAUUCAGUUACGAUCAGUGUAUGGAAUCACAAGAAGAUCCAUAAGAAACAAGGUGCUGGAUUUCUUGGUUGUGUUCGUCUUCUUUCCAAUGCCAUCAACCGCCUCAAAGACACUGGUUAUCAGAGGUUGGAUUUAUGCAAACUUGGGCCAAAUGACAAUGAUACAGUUAGAGGACAGAUAGUAGUAAGUCUUCAGUCCAGAGACCGAAUAGGCACAGGAGGACAAGUUGUGGACUGCAGUCGUUUAUUUGAUAAUGAUUUACCAGACGGCUGGGAAGAAAGGAGAACCGCCUCUGGAAGAAUCCAGUAUCUAAACCAUAUAACAAGAACUACACAAUGGGAGCGCCCAACACGACCGGCAUCCGAAUAUUCUAGCCCUGGCAGACCUCUUAGCUGCUUUGUUGAUGAGAACACUCCAAUUAGUGGAACAAAUGGUGCAACGUGUGGACAGUCUUCAGAUCCCAGGCUGGCAGAGAGGAGAGUCAGGUCACAACGACAUAGAAAUUACAUGAGCAGGACACAUUUACAUACUCCUCCAGACCUACCAGAAGGCUAUGAACAGAGGACAACGCAACAAGGUCAGGUGUAUUUCUUACAUACGCAGACUGGUGUGAGCACAUGGCAUGAUCCAAGAGUGCCCAGGGAUCUUAGCAACAUCAAUUGUGAAGAGCUUGGUCCAUUGCCUCCUGGAUGGGAGAUCCGUAAUACGGCAACAGGCAGAGUUUAUUUCGUUGACCAUAACAACAGAACAACACAAUUUACAGAUCCUCGGCUCUCUGCUAACUUGCAUUUAGUUUUAAAUCGGCAGAACCAAUUGAAAGACCAACAGCAACAGCAAGUGGUAUCGUUAUGUCCUGAUGACACAGAAUGCCUGACAGUCCCAAGGUACAAGCGAGACCUGGUUCAGAAACUAAAAAUUUUGCGGCAAGAACUUUCCCAGCAACAGCCUCAGGCAGGUCACUGCCGCAUCGAGGUUUCCAGGGAAGAGAUUUUUGAGGAAUCAUAUCGACAGGUCAUGAAAAUGAGACCAAAAGAUCUCUGGAAGCGAUUAAUGAUAAAAUUUCGUGGAGAAGAAGGCCUUGACUAUGGAGGGGUUGCCAGGGAAUGGUUGUAUCUCUUGUCACAUGAAAUGCUGAAUCCAUACUAUGGCCUCUUCCAAUAUUCAAGAGAUGAUAUCUAUACAUUGCAGAUCAAUCCUGAUUCUGCAGUUAAUCCGGAACAUUUAUCCUAUUUCCACUUUGUUGGACGAAUAAUGGGAAUGGCUGUGUUUCAUGGACAUUAUAUUGAUGGUGGUUUCACUUUGCCUUUUUAUAAGCAAUUGCUUGGGAAGUCGAUUACUUUGGAUGACAUGGAGUUAGUAGAUCCAGAUCUUCAUAACAGUUUAGUGUGGAUACUUGAGAAUGAUAUUACAGGUGUUUUGGACCAUACCUUCUGUGUUGAACAUAAUGCAUAUGGUGAAAUUAUUCAGCAUGAACUUAAACCAAAUGGCAAAAGUAUCCCUGUUAAUGAAGAAAAUAAAAAAGAAUAUGUCAGGCUCUAUGUGAACUGGAGAUUUUUACGAGGCAUUGAGGCUCAAUUCCUGGCUCUGCAGAAAGGAUUUAAUGAAGUAAUUCCACAACAUUUGCUGAAGACAUUUGAUGAGAAGGAGUUAGAGCUUAUUAUUUGUGGACUUGGAAAGAUAGAUGUUAGUGACUGGAAGGUAAACACCCGGUUAAAACACUGUACACCAGACAGCAACAUUGUCAAAUGGUUCUGGAAAGCUGUGGAGUUUUUUGAUGAAGAGCGACGAGCACGAUUGCUUCAGUUUGUGACAGGGUCCUCUCGAGUGCCUCUGCAGGGCUUCAAAGCAUUGCAAGGUGCUGCAGGCCCGAGACUCUUUACCAUACACCAGAUUGAUGCCUGCACAGACAACCUGCCGAAAGCCCACACUUGCUUCAAUCGAAUAGACAUUCCGCCCUAUGAAAGCUAUGAAAAGCUAUAUGAAAAGCUGCUAACAGCCAUUGAAGAAACAUGUGGAUUUGCUGUGGAAUGACGAGCUUCAAGGAUUUGCCCAGGACUCUAUUUAUACAACCCUGACUGACAGUCUCCUUUCAGCAGAGUUUCAAAGAAUGCUGAAAUACAGGAAAACAACCCCCCCCUUUUUUUUUUUUUACAUUUUAGGACACUGUGAGGGGAAAGGACAAUUUUGAAAUUCCUUUUCAAGGAAAAAAAGGUCUUUAUGCUUUGCCAUGAGGCCACAUUCAGCUGCUAUUUAAACUUAAUAUCUUGAACCUAAAGAAUGCUGACUUUUCCUACAUUUCCAGAGUUAGGCAGUAUUCUACACUUAAAGACUACUACUAUUUUUAUAAAAGGUAAUCUAUUCAAAUUGCUUCACAGAUUUUAAGUCUCUCAAACAUCAAGACAACUUCAGCAGUCGGUACAAGUCACAUUUCAUUUUGAUUGAAUACAUAAUUUUGAACAGCUCCUGUACUUGCUCUUUGUAAAAAAUAAAAAUAAAAAAUUAUUUUGAACUAUUCUACCUUUGUAAACAAUUGGCUAAAAGAAUCAUCUUUAAGAAAUUAAGCCAUUUACAUGUUUGUGUUUUUCUAUGGCAGAGCAUUAUAUUUUGCAUUAUAUGUUUCAGCUUAGUCUAAGUGGGUCUUUUUUACAUUUUUCAAGAACGAAUUUCCUGGAAUACAGCUAUAUAAUUUUGGUUGUCAAAUUCCUAAUGCAAACGUUUAGUCUAAACUUAGUCAUUUAUUUGCGACAAUAAGAUGUGUUCAGGGGCUCCCUGUUUUUAAGAGACUCUUUAAAAACAAACAAACAAAAAAAACUAAUGUUUUUAUCUUGAAUCAAUGAGAUUAGUAUUUUGGAUUUACUUUUAAUCUUAAAAUACUGCAUUUUUAUAGCUUCUCACAGCAUGUGGAUGGGAUGGGAUUUUCAUUAUUUUGCUGGGUCAGCUUAUCUUUAAUAUAUGUACUAUUCCUAUAAACCAAAGUCUCUGACAAGUGCACCUAAUUUAUAUUGUAUUUUGACUAUAGUAUAAGUUUCCAUUAACAAAACUAUCCUAAAGUGUUAACUGCUCAUAAUUUUAAUUGGGUAAAAUUAUGAAAAAGGAAGAAUUUUGCUUAAAGAUUAUUAAUAAGCUUAGAAAAUCCUGCUUUUACCUAACAGAAUGAAGUGGGGUUGAGGGGCAGUAGUAUGAACAGUGAUUCUAACUCGAUGGCAUAAAUUACUUUGAAACUAAAGAGUUCAUUUUGGAAGGGAAUCCCAUUUCCCUUCGUGUUGAAGAUUUGCAUUUGAUUUUGAAACGUCCAGAUUUAGCUUUCAAGGUGUGUGGCAUGUUGUAUGAUCCAGAAGCAAUGAAAACUCUGGGGUGAGGGAUUGAAAAAAUCUGAAAUCACAAUUGGAUUUUUAAAUUCAACCAUCAGAAAUAUGCACUAUUCAGGGUUUUUUUUACAUUGAUGUGAAAUAAGCAAAUUUUCAUGAGAUAAUUAAGUUGCAGAAUUUAAAGUUAUGAAGUAAAUAGGUCCUCUGUUCUGUUUCAUGUGAUGGAGUGGGUUUCAGUCUGUGUUCUUGGCACCAAAGAGUUCCUCAGAGGUGCUUCAGGAGUAAUGGUUGAAGAGAAGAGGGGCAAAGAGAGGGAGCGAGGGGGAAGGCCUAGUUGGUAUUUAGCAGGGGCCUCAGGCUUCAUAUCCCCACCCCCUUUACCCAGAACAGUCUGUUUUUCUCUUAUGUAUAUUGGAAUUUCAAGUAAGCUUUCAUGGGGUGCAGCGGGGCGGGGAGGAAUGGAUGGGAUAAAAGAAGUGGAGAUUUUGCUGCUCUAAAAAAGUUGAGAACUACUUGUGUAGUUUUUAAGUACUUCAGUGUAUUUCAUUUGGCCACAUUCAACUGCCACAAGUAAGCUAGUCAUAGUUGUAACUGUGCAGUGGUAAUAUGCUUAUGUCUGCCUUUUUCCUCUCAAACAAUUUGUUUUUUUACAUUGCACUCUGAGUACCGAAGAGCAUCUUGAAAUGUAUGGAAGGUGGUUUCUAUGCUAUUUGAUAAUCAGUAAUGUUCAGCUGUCAUGGUAGUACCCUAUUGGUUGCAGGCCCAUCUCUUUUAUAUUAAAGCACUAGUGCAGUUUAUAAUUGUGCCUACUUUUAAAAUCUUUCAGUAAAAAAUAAGUACAUAAUGAAUAUAUAAAUCAUAACUGACAGGGAUGCAGUAAUAAUGAAAUGCUACUAUCACUUAUUUUAAUAUACAAUAUGAAGCAGGCAAAUACCAUUGUUUUUUGAGUGCCUUUUUAACUUUAUGCUAAUGACUUAAUAGAGCUUUAAAAGAAAGAAAUUGGCAGGGCACCAUGGCUCACGCCUGUAAUCCCAGCACUUUGGGAGGCCAAGGCAGGCGGAUCACCUGAGGUUGGGAGUUCAAGAGCAGCCUGGCCAAGAUGGUGAAACCCCAUCUCUACUGAAAAUACAAAAUUAGCCAGGCGUGGUGGCGCACUCCUGUAAUCUCAGCUACUUGGGAGGCUGAGGCAGGAGAAUUGCUUGAAUCUGGGAGGCAGAGACUGCAGUGAGCCAAGAUCACACCACUGCACUCCAGCCUGGGCGACAAGAGUGAGACUCCAUCCCCCCUACUCCCCCCAAAAAUAAAUAAAUUACUCUCUGUAAGAGUCUAUGCUAUCACCAUCAUCUAUAAAAACACGAUUUAGAUUUCCAUUUCAAAGUUACAUUACCCAAUUACUUCCAAAUAGGUGCUAAGCAGAAACCCCCAAUGUGUUACUGAACCAUGGGCUCGCACCUCAUGUUUAAUGUGAAUCUUUAUUUCCGUGUCCCUCUUAACUGGUUUCUUCUUGUCUUCCCCCUGGCUGUAUUGUUAUUUCAGAUAUGUGAUACCUGUUUUCAUACUCUUGCCUUUCCAUCAUGAAUGCUUAGUUAUGAACAGAGAUUCCUUCGUAGAGCUCACAGGCAGUACAGAGGUGAGUCUUGUCUCAGAGGGCCUUGUAUCUUGGUGUACUUUUUAAAUAGUGCUGUGUAUAGUGUACAUUUUGUUUUGCACAUAGUUUGUUGCCCCGAACGGGUUUUUUACCAAGCCUUUUUUUCUUUCAUGUAUUUACAGUCCGGAGCACAAGAUGCUCUUCUUUCAAAUACAGUGUAAUUCGCUUUACAACACUAAUCUGGGCUUUGAACUUCCAGUGCAUAGGACUGAUUGCAUUGUUGGGAGUUAGAGGCUGUUCCAGCCAUCCUUAGUUUGGUAGAGCAGCGCCUUCUGCUUGUUUUCUAAGCGUACAGUCAACGGGUGCCAUUUGUGGUAUUUAACAUGUUAGGAUGAUUGUUCCAAAUGCUGAGUUGUUUUAUUUCUAGAUGUAAUUAGUUCACUUUAUGUAAUAUUCUUCUCUCAAACUGACUUUAAAAACAAAGUUUUAUCAUUUUCAUUGUAUUUGUAUUUAUUACAGAGUGUUUUAGCUUUGAUAUUCUUUGUAUUUUCACUCAUUUGUUACAUGAGCUUUAUCAAUAACAUCUGUAUAAAUGGUUUUUAAAAAUUAACUAUGUAUGUGCCCAUGCCGAAGUCGAGCAAUAAAAUCAAUGCUGUUUGCACUGUCACAGCAUCAACGUUUUUAAAGAA